AUGAGUGAUGUAAAAGCGGCUCCAGAGGCUCCAGAGGCUCAACUCCAAGCGCCGCCGGCGAUGCCGAAGCAACAAAAGCAAGUGGACAAAGAGUACGAACGCGCGAUGGCAAGGGCGAGAGCGCCGAAGAAAGAAAGGUUUGAAACGAGAGGCGAGAAAGUGAAGAGAGAGAAAAAAGCGAAGGGUGCGCCGUCGCCGGCGAAGGAGCGACCGUCGUACGCGCCGAAAGCUACGAAGAACAACGACGACGAGAAGGAUGAGUUUGAUUUCUUGCCCGUAUUCGCACUCUCCGCGGGCGCGGCUGGUGUCGUCGCGAUUGGCUUGAACGCGACGGGUAAGAAACAGGAAGAAGAAGAAGAGGAAGAAGAGGAAGCGCCAGCGCCGAUUAAGAGAAAACCGAUGUUCACGACGAAGAAGACCGCGCCGCCACCGCCGACGCCGACGCCGGUGAAGAAGGCCAACUUCUCUGUGUUCGGGGGCAAGGCGAAAGAGCCGACGCCACCGCCGCCGCCUCCUACUCCGCCAGCGAAAAAGCCGAUGUUCAGUUUCGGCGCGAAGAAAGAGUCUGCUCCUCCGCCUCCGCCGCCGCCGCCACCGCCGCCGGCGAAAAAACCGCUCUUUAGCUUUGGCGCGAAAAAGACCGAAGCUUCGACUCCUGCCCCCGAACCGGAACCGGUGAAGAAGAAACCGUUUACCGUGUUUGGCGGCGUGAAGAAAGAGUCUGCUCCCCCGCCGCCUCCGCCGCCAGCGAAGAAACCAAGCUUUGGAUUCGGCACUGGAAUUAAGAAAGCGACUCCGACUCCGCCCCUGCCGCCGCCGCCGCCGGCUGCCAAGAAGUCUGCGUUUGGAGGCUUUGGUACAGGGUUCAAGAAAGCGACGAGUACGCCGACUCCACCGCCGCCGCCGCCGCCUCCAGCUGCCAAGAAAUCUGGAUUCAGUGGAUUCGGUACUGGGUUUAAGAAAGCCACGCCACCGCCACCGCCACCGCCAACCCCACCGGCCGCUUCGCUCAAAAAAUCGGCAUUCCCGAGUUUCGGCGCAAAGAAAUCUGCGGCGAACCUGGAGAUCGAAGCAAAGUCUACUCCGGUAGCGGUUGCGGAGAAACCGGCGAUGCCAGAACUCAAAAUGCCAGCAAUGCCAGAAAUUCCGUCUUUACCGGGUAACUUCAAAUUCCCCGAGAUGCAAUUGCCAGGUAGUUUCGAAAUGCCGGAGCUUCCGGGGAACUUUGAGAUGCCGGAGUUACCGUCUGCGUUCGGUGGUCUCAAAAUGCCAGUCAUUCCAGGAACGCAAAUUCGAACCGCAGAAAAACCAACGACUCCGCCAACCCGCGUUCCAGUGCCGGAGGUUAAAUCUGAAGCCAUCAAAGCGGUCAUCGCCGCCGUAGAUAAAGAAAUUGCAGCCAUCUCGAACGAAGCGAAACGAUCGAACGCGAAGAAAAACCGCGACCGAACUAUUCUCUCGCGUUUGAACGCAAAAGAUCGUAAGGAGUACUCGCAAAUGACCGAAGACGCGUUAAGAUCGAAAAAAUCUGUGAUGAACAUGAACCCAGCCGCGAAGGAUCCGACCCCGGAUACCUUUGUCGGCAUCGAAGCGUCUGGUGAUUUUUCCAAUCUGGCGCUUGAAAGUGACAUUCUCGCCAACAUCGAAGCCGAAAAAGCCGCCUCGGCGAAAGCGAUGAGAGAUAAGAGACAAAAAGCUGCCGCCGCGGACGCCGCAAAAGUUCAAGCUGAACUCAAGAAGCAAACCAUGGCCUCGGCGAAAUCGAUGAAAGCUGGCUUAGAUGCCGGCAAAAGCGAGAAGAAAGCGGUGAAGGAACCAAAGGUAGUCCCGGCAGCUAAACCAGCCGCUGCGGCUCCAAAACCGACGCCAGUCGUCGCUGCGGCUCCGGUCGUCGUCGCAAACGACAAGAACGCCGAAGAAGCUCAAGCGUGGAUUGAUGCCUGGAAAUCCAACGGUUCGAAAAAAACAACCGCGCCUGCGGAAAGUAGUAGUGAUAGCAACAACAUUAACGACGAGGGUGCGGACGAAGCGCAAGCUUGGAUAGAUGCGUGGAAGGCGAAACAAUAA